CGAUGAUAGCUUCAACUUGGACCCGAGCGACAGCACAUGUCGGGUAGGCAAGGGUCUUCUAUAUCUCCUUUCUUUCUCUUUUCUUUCGUCUUCCUGUUUUUGUCUCGUUGGCGAUAGCUUCAUUCCCAUAUAAAGAUAUAAAGAGGUAUCAUCUCGUAUUUCUUCCACGAGUAUUCUUACAGAAGGGAGACAUAGUAAACAAUGCGUUCCGCUAUCGUCGCCGUCUCCGCAAUUCUCGCAGGCAUCGUGUCUGCGCAGACGAGCCCGACAAUUCCUACAUGUGCGAACACAUGUAUCACGGACGCUCUACCAUCAUCGUGCAACCUCGAUCCAUCGUGCAUCUGCCAUACACCAUCCUUCAUCACCAGCAUCAGCUGCUGUAUCUCUCAGAGCUGCGACGUUGCUGAUCAACAGGCCGCACUCGCUUACGCGCAUUCAAUCUGCGAUCCUGUUGGUGCUUCAUCGCUUCUGCCCGCCUCCGCAGGCUGCUCCGCCAAUUCGACAGCCUCUGCGACAAGUGGCAGCUCCAGUGGCACCGCGGCCGCCAGUAUCACCGGCAGUGCCUCCUCAGCUUCAGCCUCGAUCUCCUCUGCCCUAAGCAGUGCCUCUUCGUCCAUCAGUGCCGCUACCUCCUCCGCGGCGUCGAGUGCCUCUGCUGCCGCGACUAGCGCCUCCUCGAGUGCUCUUGCCGAUGGAAAGAUGAGCGUGCAGGGCGUCGGUUUAGGUGUUGUGGGCGCAGCGGUUUUGGGGGUCGCUGCGCUGCUUUAGGCCAAGAUAUGGGCGGUGUGCGAGAUAUACGGUGGAGAAGGAGAUGAUACAAGUCAUGUUGAAAAGAUUGUACAGUUUGAAUCAGAUUCGAGUUUAUACAAUAUAACGCUCUUUGGCAGGUACUGGACAAGCAAUAUAGAUGGUGGAAGCUGCGCAGCGGAUACAUGUUGAAGGGUUAUUCAUCCUCUUCCUCAAUCUCCCUCCUUCGUGCCAGCAGUCCACCAAUUUCUCUUCCCUCAUCUUUCAGCACCGUCCAAAGGUAUCCCCAGAAUA